AGGCCCGGGCGCUCACAUUCCCAUAGGUGAGGGACUGACUCCUUUCUCUGGGAAAGCGCCGUGCUCGCUCCGCGGCCUUGGUGGGGGUGUUGGAGCCCUCCGUCUGCCAGGUCUGGUCUCUGGGGCCAGGGCUGGGUUUCCCUCAUGUAUGGCAAGAGCCCUACGCGUGCUGUGUUGCUUCUCCUUGGCUUCCAGCUCACAGCUCUUUGGCCUACGGCAGCUGUGGAAAUUUAUACCUCCCGAGUGCUGGAGGCUGUCAACGGGACAGACGUUCGGUUAAAAUGCACUUUCUCCAGCUUCGUCCCUGUGGGUGAUGCUCUAACAGUGACCUGGAAUUUCCGUCCUCAAGAUGGGGGAGCUGAGCAGUUUGUAUUCUACUACCAUGUGGAUCCCUUCAAGCCCAUGAGUGGGCGGUUCAAGGACCGGGUGGUCUGGGACGGGAACCCUGAGCGGUAUGACGUCUCCAUCAUCCUCUGGAAGCUGCAGUUUGAUGACAAUGGGACGUACACCUGCCAGGUGAAGAACCCACCUGAUGUUGAUGGGCUGGUAGGGGAGAUCCGGCUCAGCGUCGUACACACUGUACGCUUCUCUGAGAUCCACUUCCUGGCUCUGGCCAUUGGCUCCGCCUGUGCCCUGAUGGUCAUAAUAGUAAUUGUGGUGGUCCUCUUCCGGCAUUUCCGGAAAAAGCGAUGGGCUGAAAGAGCUCAUAAAGUGGUGGAGAUAAAACCAAAAGAAGAGGAAAGGCUCAACCAAGAAAAAAAAGUCUCUGUUUAUCUAGAAGACACAGACUAACGUUAUCAGAUGGAAGCUGAAGAUUUCCAAGCACAAGAACCCUAGGAUAAGAUGAAGUUAAUGGAAGCUUUUGUUUGACUCUUGCAGUUGUGCCGUGCCUUCCACCCAGCUCUGCAGUCAUGGCGACCUAGAUAAGCAACACAUCUCCAGAGCCAGCGUAGGCCCCUCUUGAGCAGAUGCCAGCAGACUCAUGCACAGCCCCAUUACUAAGGUUUUAUUUAAUUUCAGAGGGCAAAUAUUUAUCAAAUGCUCAUUAGCUUUUGUAUACUAAGAAGACAAUUUUUUUUGUCCUUAAACACUCCUUGUGGAUUACUACUUGUAUACACGUACAUUGGCAUCAAAUGGGAUAAAUGCCAACUUGUUCGUCAUGACAUUUCCUUCAACAUAUUGGUUUCCUUGGAGCACCACUUUUGCUACUAAAGUUAAUGUGUUUACUCCUUCCUUCUCACACUCUCAAUUAAAAAGUGAGCUAGUUCUUCUAGCUAUUUUUGAUCGAUUAACAGAAAAUCCUAAAUUCAAACUAUUAAAGAACAGUUUGAAUUUUUAUGGCUCUCCUUAAAUACGGGACACACCUCAUUUUAUUGAAUUUCUUUCAAUAUCCUAGAUGAUAGGGUUUUUUUUUUUUUUGGUCAGUUGAUCCAAGGUUUACAAGAGCACAAGUCUAAAUCACAGAGUAACUAGAAAAGGUUACAUAAAUGCUAAUAGAUUGACAAAUGCCACUUCAGGAUGAAUUGUUUGUCACCUUUUUCCUGUGUUGUGAAAAACAAUCAACAGUACAGGUCUUUCAUUAGCAGUGAAUGACUGUUUAGCUUACUAGGUUUUUUCCACCAAUUCAAUUAUCUAUGACAACAGAGCAAAGUCUGUGUUCAUUUGUAGACUGGAAUCAUUAAGCAGUUAAAUAGAAGGAUUCUUAAAUAGUAUAUUACAACUUUAACAAUUUAGGGCUGGUGAAGAAAAUCAACCCUAAGUGAUGAUAAUUUUGUAUAGUGUUAUACAAAGCUCUAAGAACUGGAAGAGAUUAAAAAUUGUUUUCUUUUAUUUA